AUGAGCGCAGCGUUCCCGCCGUCGCUGAUGAUGAUGCAGCGCCCGCUGGGGAGUAGUACCGCCUUCAGCAUAGACUCGCUGAUCGGCAGCCCGCCGCAGCCCAAAAGACAAUCCGCUAAGGGAGCGAAAGGCCCGAGUGGCGGUGGGAAGGGGGAAAGGAAGACCAGUGUGCGAAAUGUAAUAAAACGCCGUUUGGUUUUGCUUUCAGUCGGGGCUGUCAGAGGGCAAGGGAAAGACGAGUCAAAGGUGGAAGACGACCCGAAGGGCAAAGAGGAGAGUUUCUCGCUGGAGAGCGAUCUGGACUACAGCUCGGAUGACAAUCUGACUGGCCAGGCGCCUCACAAGGAGGAAGACGCCGGUCACGCGCUGGAGGAGGCCCCGCCGAGCGGCGGCGCCGCGGGCAGCACCACGUCCACGGGCAAGAACCGGCGGCGGCGGACUGCCUUCACCAGCGAGCAGCUGCUGGAGCUGGAGAAGGAGUUUCACUGCAAAAAGUACCUGUCGCUGACCGAGCGCUCGCAGAUCGCCCACGCCCUUAAACUCAGCGAGGUGCAGGUGAAAAUCUGGUUCCAGAACCGCCGGGCCAAGUGGAAACGGGUGAAGGCCGGCAAUGCCAAUUCCAAGACAGGCGAGCCCUCCAGGAACCCCAAGAUCGUCGUGCCCAUCCCCGUCCACGUCAGCAGGUUCGCGAUCAGAAGUCAGCAUCAGCAGCUGGAGCAGGCCCGGCCCUGAGGGCCCAGGGAGCUAGGGCCUGGAGCGCCAUGGGAGAAGCCACAGCUCUGGAAGGAACCCGCAGUGGCCCUCUGCCGCAUUUGAAGUCACCCCCCACUCCCUACCCAACUUGGGACAUCCCCAGCACACCGAGAGAGUAUAUUCAUUCAAAAGGCUGAAGACUGCUUUCGAAGGGGCUACAACCAUACCUGAUGACACACUAAAUAUUUAUUAUACUAUCCUGCUUUGUACAUAGAUAUCUAUAUAAACUGUGGAUCGCAGCUGCAGUAUUUUAAAAGUUACGGGACCAAACUGCCCAGUAAUAUUCUCCGCCCACAUUCCAGAAGAAAACAAAACGUAUCUGCUGUAGUCUGCCUCGCAUAACAGGCCACCUUUCCAUACUUUUCCAAAGGUAAACAUGACACUCAAGAACCGACCCUCAUUUUUGUUUCUCUUUUGGGUUUUUUCUUUUUUCUUUUCUUUUUUCUUCUUUUAGUUGACUGAGAAGCAGACGUUUGGGGGCAGCCUGGAAAUUUGCUUUGCUUUGGUUUUGCCUGGCUUUCUUUCCUGGGGUUGCACAUCCUAUCUGAGCCACAUUUGAAGCACGUCUCCGUUGUGUUUAAUUUAUUUCAAUGUCGCUUAUUUUCUUAUAAGUUAUGACAUUUAAGCAAUUGCAGUCUUGUGAAUAAUAAAAAGGAGAGAGAGA